AUGACCGCCUCGCACGAGAACGUGGCCCACGUCGAGGGCCUGUCGGCAGACAGCCGCGACAACAAGAAGCACAGCUCCGAUGUCGCUGAGAUUGAGCAUGUCAUGUCGACCGACGCUGAGUUCUCCAAGGAGCACGCAGACUAUGGCCGUCUCGACAAGGAAGUCGCCAAGUAUGCCAGUGCCGUCGCCAUCGAAAUCACGCCCGAGGAGAACAAGCGUCUCAAGCGCAUGAUCGACCGCCGCGUGCUGCCCGUCAUGAUCUUCACCUACUUCCUGCAGGCCCUUGACAAGGGUACCAUGAGUUUUGCAAGCAUCAUGGGCAUCAAGGAAGAUCUGGGUCUGGUCGGCCAACAGUACUCCUGGCUCACCACCUGUAUCUACAUCGCCGUCCUGAUCGUCGAGUACCCUACCAACUGGAUGAUCCAGCGCGUUCCCAUUGCCAAGUACCUCAGUAUCAACAUCGUUCUCUGGUCCGCAACAUUGGCCCUGCAUGCCGCCUGCACCAACUUCGGCUCCAUCCUCGCUGUCCGUACACUGCUCGGUAUCUUCGAGGCCGUCUGCCAGCCCUCCUUCCUGGUCAUGAGUUCCAUGUGGUAUAAGCGUGAGGAGCAGGCACAGACCGUCACCUACUGGUACAUGAUGAACGGUGGUCAGCAGAUCGUCGGUGGCAUCCUCGCCUACUGCUUCACCCUCAUCCCCGACAGUGCCCCCAUUCACUCAUGGCAGGCCCUUUUCAUCUGCUAUGGCUGCUUCUCCGUGCUAUGGGGUGUGUUCGUGCUCUUUUGGCUUCCUGACAGCCCUAUGCGUGCCAAGUGCUUCUCCGAGGAAGACAAGCGCCUGAUGGUCGAGCGCGUCCGUUCCAACCAGACGGGUCUGCAGAACAAGACUUUCCGAUGGGACCAUGUGCGCGAGGCCUUCACCGACCCGCAGCUGUACUGCUACUGCCUGAUCGCCAUCUGCACGACGCUGCCGACGUCCGGUCUGGGCGCCUUCGCCAACAUCAUCAUCACCGGCUUCAACUUCUCCAUCCUCGAGACCCAACUCCUGGCCAUGGUUCUCGGCGCCUUCAUCAUCCUCAUCCUGCUCAGCUCCGCCUGGCUCGUCAAGAAGACCCAGCAGAACCUCAUCGUCAUGGGUGUUUUCGUCAUCCCCUCCUUCGUUGGCACCAUCGUCCUCCUAAUCGUCGAGAACACGGGCAAGGCCCAGCAGGCCGGCCUGCUCAUCUCCUACUACAUCGUGCUCUCCUUCUGGGCCGCCCAGACGCUCGCCAUGUCCAUGAUCUCGCGCAACACGGCCGGCCAGACCAAGAAGACGGUCAUCGUCGCCGCCAACUUCGUCGCCUGGGCCGUCGGCAACGCCAUCGGGCCCCAGGUCUUCCUCGCCUGGGACGGCCCGCGCUACCGCAUCGCCUUCUGCACCCACAUGGGCUGCUACGUGCUGCUCGUCAUCGUCAUCAUCUUCCUGCGCUGGUGGCUAGUGAGGGAGAACAAGAGGAAAGACAGGAUCGUCGAGCAGAACGGCAGCGCCGCCAAGGAUGACCACUUGGUGCACGCCUUUGAGGAUCUGACGGAUAAAGAGAACAUCAACUUCCGGUACAUCUACUAA